CCAGAAUCUAAUCGACUUGCUCUUCUCUGCUGUGUAGUCUGAGUCGAAAGAAGCUAUCCAGCUGGAGCAUGUUCAGCGUUUACAUUAAUAUCGGAAAAAUGACAUUUAAUUGUGCAGUUUUAGACACCAAUUAUCGAUUUUUACAAUAAGACAUUCAUCUCAAUUUAUCAUUAUUCAGACAUUAAUCAGCUGCUCCUACCGUACCUCCAAUGCGUCACUCACCAUCACAAUCAGUAUCUUUAAAAAGAGGAACUCAAAUUCACGGUUUCAUUGGUUAACAGGACGAUGGAUUCUUCUGCACUCUGUAACCGGACGUGAGAUACAAAAAUCAAGGCAAGUGACGCCAAGAUAUGAGGUGGAGAAGUACUGUUGGAUUGGCGGUGGUUGCGAGCAUUCUUGAGUUUAUUGAUGCUCUGACCACUCAUUCGAUUAGUUCUGAUGCGUUGAAAGGCGACGACUCGGCUCACUUUCUAGGGUCGGCAACUGGUGCUAGAAGAGGCUUGAUGCCUGCGGAUGCCGAAAAUAGAUACCUCUUCAGAACAGGUAGCCUUUUCGUAAAGAAGCCUGUCAGAUUGACCCCGCAUUUCAACAUAAGAAGUGUCAUCGAUGGAACGAAGGCUUCAGAGAUAACCGCGCAGAAGCUACGCAUCUUGGAAACGUAUGCGCACGAGCACAAAUUGAAUUGGCUUGCAGUAUUUUAUUAUUUGUCUGCUGGAAUCAGUCUCCUACUGUUCAUAUACGUCGCUUACGGCGCGCUCUUCUUAGGGUAUCGUCCAUACGGGAUGAUCGGUGGUCCGAGAUAAAACUUAGGACUUUUUGCUUUUUUUGCUUAGCAUGUGUCAAGUCCAAAUAUAUAUUUAUUAUUAUAGUCCAG